CUCACGUUGAUCCCGCCCCUGGGGACCCGUCGUAGCAUCUGCUUCCGGUUCUCAGGCUGAUUUGGCGGUGAGGAAAACCUGCGCUGGCUGAGGCCUGUUGGCAGGGCCUUGCCGGAGAUGGACAGCCGGAUUCCUUAUGAUGACUACCCAGUGGUUUUCCUGCCUGCCUAUGAGAAUCCCCCAGCAUGGAUUCCUCCUCAUGAGAGAGUAUACCACCCAGACUACAACAAUGAGUUGACCCAGUUUCUGCCCCGAAUCGUCACACUAAAGAAGCCCCCUGGAGCUCAGUUGGGAUUUAACAUCCGAGGAGGAAAGGCCUCCCAGCUAGGCAUCUUCAUCUCCAAGGUGAUCCCAGACUCUGAUGCACAUCGAGCAGGACUUCAGGAAGGGGACCAAGUCCUAGCUGUAAAUGAUGUGGAUUUCCAAGAUAUUGAGCAUAGCAAGGCUGUUGAGAUCCUGAAGACAGCUCGUGAAAUCAGUAUGCGUGUCCGCUUCUUUCCCUACAAUUAUCAUCGCCAAAAAGAGAGGACUGUGCACUAGAGAGCUGCAACCCACAGCCCUUCACAUGAAAUCUUCUAGGACAAGCUGGGCAGGCCUCAGGGAAGCCACAUAGUCUCAGACAUUUCUGAGACUCCCGUAGGACCCUGUUUUCCCUCCUCUCCCUCCUAUUCUCUCCUCCAAAAAGUAAAAUGCCAUGCUGAAGAAA